AUGAACCGUUCGUGUGCCUCCUCCCUCCUCGUCCCUCCAGUGGUAAGAGAGAGGCUAAAGGUUGUUGGAAUUGAGCCGGAGGCGGCGCUUCCAGGGAAAAGAAGAGCGCAGGGAUUCCCAGUCCAGUAUGCAUUCUUCCUUACCGCAGUCGUCUGCUUCUUUCGUCCUCGUCUCUCACGUCUCGCGGCUUCUGCCAUCAGUUGGCAGCCAUGGCUCCGAUCGAACGAGCAACUCUUCGCCCCACUACUACGAGCCCCACUACCACACCCCACAACUAUCGUCUACUACGAGUUCCUCCAAGGACACGCUGCGAGAGCCGCCGCGGACAACAUCUGCGCUGCAUUCAAGGGCAACGUCGUCCACUAUUCCACGGUGUUUCGAUGGUUCAAACGCUUGGAAUCUGGCGACACGACCUUCGGAGAUCGACCACGUUCGGGACGUCCAUCUACAGUCGAUGACGAAGCCAUGCGGAACGCCCUCGACGCGAAGCCGAACGCCACCACUCGGGAAUCGGUGACUACACUUGGAGUCACCCAUGUGGCCAUCGGCAACCAUCUGAACGACCUCGGCUAUCGGAAGAAGAACCAGACCAGUCAUCGUCGUCGACCUGCAGCCCGAGUCAAGAAAAACUUUGCAGCCGAGAUGUAUGCGGAAGUGGGAGUUGCGCUUCUCGAGGGACGAGGGAUCGUUCAGGAACGGCUCAGAACUGUGGAGCAUCGCCAGCACCAUCUCUGAAAAGCCUGGAGAUUUUCGCAGUGACUUCAAAUGGUUUAUUCCGGACGCCAUCGAGAAAGGGGAAAGAAAUAGAUCGGCCUAGAAAUCCCCACGAGGGGAGUGUUUUUCCAUUUUUCCUCGUCGGACGACCGACUGGGCGGAUCCGGAGUGAUGCUAUUUCUGCCCUUCGAGAAAAUCUGGGGAUCAUCCAUGUUACUUUCACCACGUUCAUUUUAUUGUCCUACAUUUUCUUCUUUUCGAUACUUUGCAUUAUUAUAUGCACUAAAUGGGGUUUCCAACUUCAACCUGCGGCUUUAAAAGUUUAAUUGAAAUGAAUCGGAUUUCAUUCGACCCUCCAAUCUCUCCCAAA